UCCCGGAUUGAGGGGGGCACUGGAGGCUUCUCCUCUGCCUCCUCUUUUGAUGAAUCGGAGGAUGACUUGGUGGCUGGGGGCGGAGGUACCAGCGAUCCGGAGGACAGAUCUGGAAGCAAGCCCUGGAAGAAGCUGAAUCUCUCCUUGGUCUUGCUUCCCACAGGGAACUUCCAGGCCGGCGAGGAUGGUCGGAUUCUGAAAGGUUUCUGUCAGUGUGAGCAGCGAAGCCUCGAACAGCUGAUGGAAGACCCCCUGCGGCCUUUUGUGCCUGCUUAUUAUGGCAUGGUGCAUCGGGAUGGGCAGGCCUUCAACCAGAUGGAAGAUCUCCUGGCAGACUUUGAGGGCCCCUCUAUCAUGGACUGCAAGAUGGGCAGCAGGACCUACCUGGAGGAGGAGCUGGUGAAGGCACGCGAACGGCCCAGACCCCGGAAAGAUAUGUAUGAGAAGAUGGUGGCAGUGGACCCCGGGGCCCCUACUCCUGAGGAGCAUGCUCAGGGCGCGGUCACCAAGCCCCGAUAUAUGCAGUGGAGGGAGACCCUGAGCUCAACUUCCACCCUAGGCUUCCGGAUAGAAGGCAUCAAGGUGAGGGCUAGGAGAGAGCCAGUUUGUUUGACACUCAGCAGCGUUCUGGGACUGGCACAGUGGACAAGGCUUCUUAUGGAGCAUCUUGGACUCCUGAGAAAGUACGUGGCGCGACUGGAGGACCUCCGUGAGGCUUUGGAGAACUCUCCCUUCUUCAAGACCCAUGAGGUAGUGGGCAGUUCCCUUCUCUUCGUACAUGACCACACCGGCCUGGCCAAGGUCUGGAUGAUUGACUUCGGCAAGACAGUGGCCCUGCCUGACCACCAAAUGCUCAGUCACAGGCUGCCUUGGGCUGAGGGCAACCGUGAGGAUGGCUACCUCUGGGGUCUGGACAAUUUGAUCCGCCUCCUUCAGGGGCUGGCUCAGGGCUGAUCUCAUCGGCUGCUGCUAGGCUCACUUGCAAGAUAGCACGUGUCUGGCCAGAGGAGCCCUAAGAUGCUGUCAGGCCUGCCGCUGCUGAUGGAAGAUGAGGUGCUUCAAGGUGUCUCCCAACCAGUGUGGUCUGAGGAGCUCUGGGGGACCUGGCAGCACUGGGUUCCCUUACUAUAAUUUGGAGAACAAGACAGGUAGAGAGUUGGCAUAACAUGAAUGGGGCACCCUGAUCAGCUAGGAAAGCUAAGGGAGGCAAUUGCUGAAGAGCCACAAACCCCUCCCUACGCUGGCUUCCUGAGCCCAGAGCCCCAGCGGUUGGCUUCCGUUCCCCAGAGGAUCAGGCAUCAUUUGUGAAGACCUGCGGGAGCUGCUUGUCCACCUGGGGCAGUGACAGCCCCAUUGGAGGCCAUCCAAGUGCUGAGAGGACGAGGAGGCUGUGAUGACGUGGGCCACCUGCUGGUGCUGCCUGAGGACUGGUGCCACUGCGUGCGAGCACAGCCUACCCUCCUCUGUGGACUCUUCUAGCUGCCGCAGGGCCAGACCACGGCCACAUCCACUGGUGCCAGCACUGUGACCAUCUUCCUUCCUUGGUGUGUGCCAGUGACAGUCUCAGGACUUCCUCCUUGUGCCACGGACCCCGGCGCUCUCCUGUCUCAGGAGAGUCCAGUGACAGGAAGCCAUUUCUGAGGCAGGGGAGGAGGUUUCUCCUUGGGAACUAGAGCUGCCUUGCCUCACCGAAUAAGUGCCCCUACCUACUACACACAGAAGGAACUGCCAGGUUGCCCAGAAGCACAAGUGGGCGGGGCUUCUGGCCCUAACCAUGGACUACCUGGUUCUAACCAAAGACUCCAGGACUCUGGGAUGGGCAGAAGCUGCUGUCCCUGUGCUCCAGCGCCUCUCCAGAACCUGGGCUUCCUGGCCCACACAGAUGGGCUUGGUGCGGGCAGGAACCUACCUCUUCCCUAAGCCCUGUUGUCUUCCAGGGCCCACGUCUUCCUUUUCUAUUGACUGACUUUAUAUAUAUUUAUAUAUGAGGUAGUUAGCUGGGGUCGAGCCGGGGAAUCGGGGCAAAGUGACUUUAUUCUGCCUCACGCCCACAGUGGCACCUCAAUAAACAGGACAAAGUUAA